AUGCCCGAUAAAAAAAGUGCAAAAUUUUUCAAUGUUAUGGCAGUCGAACUAAAAAAAUGGUUUGGACUGACUAUUCUUAUGGGAAUCGUUAAAAUACCAAGGAUUGAAGAUUAUUGGGCGACAAAUCCAUUUUUGGAAACACCAAUAUUUGAUAAAACGAUGUCCCGCUAUAGAUUUUGGCAAAUAUUGUCGUUUUUACAUUUCUCAGAUAAUAGUAAAAUACCUGCCAAUGCCGACCAACUGUUCAAAUACGUUAUACUUGUCCGGAUGCUGUGUGAUUCCGUUACGGGAUAUAUUUCGCGUUACAAAAUGUACUCUGGCAUUAAAAAACCUUUAAAGGAUACAGUGAUAAAACUAUUGAAAAAUGUUACUGGAAAAUGGAAUCACUUGUAUAUGGACAGCUAUUAUAACAGUGUGGAACUUGCAGAAGAUUUGCUUACGAAAAAAAUUCGCAUUUGUGGAACGCUGCGUAAGAAUAUAGGAUUACCGGCAAAGUUGAAAAACUGCAAACUAAUAUAA